GAGUGGUGGCUCCUGGUUAGUCUUGCCAAAUGACUUGGAACAUGGAGUAGACUACGGAGUCGACAGCUCUGUCGCGGCGGGGCGCACCUCCCUAUCGAGAGCCUGGACCUGGUCAAUGACCAUGGAAGUGUAAGGGGCCGGGACGCUGAAGAGUAUAAGUAUCGGCCUGAAGCUUCUCUGUCUGGCCUCUCUGCUUCGAUCAUUCAUUCGCGCAAACAGCUUGUUUCCCACCUCUUGUCACUCUUUUGACGACUGUUCUGACCCAAGUCUAUUCUUUUAUCUGUUUUUAUUUGCCCUUUUAUUUCCCUUCAUCUACGAUCAGCGUUUGAUAGAUACCCAAGAUGAAGGCUUCUCUGAUUACUGCCCUGACCUGGGCUGCCUGCACCGUGGCCAGCCCUGUUGUCCUCAAUGCCCGGCAUGAUGAUUGCACUUGCGUGGAGGAAACUCUCACUCUCACCUUGCCCGCCUCUACUGGUGGCACCCUUGUCGAGCCUACUCCUACUGACACCAACACGGCCACGGCCACUGCCACCGUCCCCGAGGAGACUAGCACUGCUACCUGGAGCUCCACUAACACCAUCACCGCUACCUCCACGGCCACUGUUCCUGGGGAGACGAGCACUACUACCGCCCCUCCAACCCCCGUUCCGACACCCGGAGACUGCGAGAACGGUCGCUGCCAUGGCACUGGGCACCUUGUCCAGGAUCUUGCACCUCAAGUCAACCGCCUUCUCACGGUCACUGGCGCUGAUGGCGAGGACUUCCUCGUCCAGGUCAACGAAGACGUUUACAAUCUCCUCUCCGGCCGUGUGAGCCUCAGCGAGUCUGUGGGUGAGAUCGUUGGUGACGCUGCUUCUAUUGGUGACCUUAUUGCCGACCUCGGACCUAUCAUCGACUGCAUCCUCACUAUUGUUGGCGAAGAUUCCCACAUCCUCCUCGUCCGGCUCUCUCCCGAGAUUGCUGACCUCCUGCGCGGAGCUGGUGCCACUCUCGGCCUCGAUGCUGUUACCAACCCUGUCGGCCAGGUUGUCAAGUCCCUUGGCUUAAACAUCAAGCGUGACCAGCUCGACCACUUUGACGUCCAUGGACUCGAUGGAAACAGCCUUCCCGUUCAGAUACCUGGUGCUCUUGGCAAGGCUAUCGCUAACCUCCACUUCGAAACCCCUGUCGGCACUGUCAUUGCCACUGGCAUCGAGGCUACCAAGAUUAUUCAGAAACUUGGGCCUCGCGCUGACGGAUUCCUUGCUGUGCUCGGCGAGGGGACUGGACUUGUUCUCAUUCGUCUGGCGCCUCAGGUUGCCCGUGUCGUUAAGGGUCUCGCGCCUGAGCUUGCUAAUCCCGUCGGCAACGUCGUUGGUAUCUUUGGUGACAGCCUGUAAGCGGUACCUACGCUUGCAAUAGCGCCAUUAUAACUGGACAAGGGAUGGGGUACAUUGAAGAACGAGGUUGAAAUAUUUUCAUGUAUUAUAGUUGCCUAUCAUAUUUAACAU